AUGUAUAAGUGUUAUUUAUGCUUAAAAAAUUUCUGUUCGAUAUCAAAGUUAAUUUGGCAUAUGAAAAUAUACCAUAAUCUUGGAAAUAAUUCGUUUUAUCUUUGUAAACAACAAGGUUGUGCACGUGAUUUUAGCGGUAUAAAAAAAUUCAGGCAACAUUUAAAUAGAGAACAUUUACAUAAUAGAGUAAAUCAAAAAGUUGAACUCAAUUUAGAUAAUACAACAACUGAAACCAUUUUUGAAUCUUCAGUAGAAUCACCUAACAUAUUAAAUAAAUCUUCUACUACAUUUUCUGAAGACAUUAGUCCACCCUUAAUAAAUAAUAUUGAAUCAUAUGAAUUAAUUGAGGAAACUGUAAUUAUAAAUGACCUUAUCAAUAAUCAUACUAUACAAAAAAUAUUAGACAGUGAAAAUAGAAAUAUAAACGAACUUCCUUACGAUGAGAUUUUAAAAAGAAACGUAUUACAAUUUAUUACAAAAUUAAUGUCAAAGCCUUACCUUACUAAUUCAUUGGUACAAGAUGUAGUAGAAAGUGUUAUAGAGCUGUUUUCAAGUGGUAUAAUUGAACAACUAAAAUGUAAAGUUGUUCCUAUAUUAAAUUGCGAUUCUUCCACAAAAAUAGAAGUAGAAAAUAUGUUUGAUUCAUUACAAGACCCAUUUUCUGAACUACAAACUCACUAUCAACGAAUUAAGUAUUUAAUUUCAAAUAAUUUAUUUUUCAAACCUGAGACUGUGGUGGUUGGUUAUAUUAAAGAAAAACGGUAUGUGAAUGGUGAAGAUAAGCUUUUAACAGUACCUAUACAUGGUCAUUUUCUUUCUAUGAAAAAAAAUCUUAAAGCCUUUUUUGAGCUCCCCAAUGUUCUUAAAGUUGCAACUGAAUUUAUGCAUGAUUCAUCAUUGCACAACAAUACUCUUACUUCUUUUUUGGAUGGCUCGACAUGGAAAGAUAUGAAAAUAAAGUUUUCUGGAAAAAUUGUUUUACCUCUUUUUUUAUAUUAUGAUGAUGCUGAAAUGGGAAACCCAUUAGGUUCCCAUUCUGGCAUACAUAAAAUAGGGUGUAUAUAUUAUACUGUUGCAGCCUUACCACCUGAAUAUUUGUCAUCUUUAAAUAAUAUAUUUACAGCAUUUUUAUUUCACUCUUCAGAUCGUGGGACUACCAAAGUACCCAAUAAAAUCAUGUUUUCUCGCCUUAUAAAAGAACUAAUUGAUCUUCAAACAAAUGGAAUUUCUGUAUGUGUGGACAAUGCUUACACUACUAUAUAUUUUGCACUAGGGUUAGUCUUAGGAGAUAAUUUGGGGUUAAACUCUAUCUUGGGUUUUGUCGAAUGCUUUUCUGCAAAUCAUUAUUGUAGAAUUUGUCGUUGUCCAAAACAAGAACUACAGAAAAUGUUAAGAGAAUCUUUUCAGUCUUUACGAAAUGAAAAUAAUUAUGAAAUGGAUGUUAAUAAAAGAAAUGUAACAGAGACUGGCAUAAACGAACGUUGUAUCUUUCACGAAGUUCCAAACUUCCAUGUGGUUCGAAACAUGGCUUGUGAUUUCAUGCAUGAUAUUCCCGAGGGUGUAGCUCGUUAUGACAUGGCAAUCAUUAUACAAAAUCUUAUAAUUGAAAAAUAUUUUACUCUUGAUCAAUUAAACUCUCGAAUUGUUCUUUAUCAGUAUGGUAUAAUAGAAAAUAAAAAUUGUCCUCCUAAAAUUAAUCAAUCUCACUUAAAUAAUGGCUCAAUAAUAAUGUCUGCCUCGGAGAUGCUCUGUUUAGUGAGAAAUUUUGGUCUCAUUGUUGGUGAACUGAUUCCUAAAAGCUCAAAAAAUUGGAAACUUUAUAUUUUAUUAAAAAAAAUUGUUGAUUUAUGUUGUGCAAGGACUUUACAACCCGAGUGUUCUAAAUUAUUAGAUUAUCUUGUUACUGAACAUAAUCGAUUAUAUAUGGAAUUAUCUAAUAAAACUCUUAAACCAAAGUUCCAUCUUCUUACUCAUUAUGGUCGUAUUUUACUAAGGAAUGGUCCUUUAAAAUUAACAUCUUCUAUACGGUUUGAAGCCAAACAUAAAGUAUUAAAGUCAAUCGCUAAUUCUGUCCCCUGUCGUAUUAAUCUCGGUCACACAUUGGCAUUUAAACUUCAAUUACAAACUGUAAGUCGCUUGCUUUCAAAAUCUGGUUUAGACCAAGACCUACAAUUAGGAAUGGGAACAAAUACAAUUCCCACAACAGAGUUACCUUAUUCUUUUAUGAAUAAAUUACCUGAUGAGUUUUUAUCAUCUGUCUUCAACGCUUCCUGGCUUCAAUAUAAAGGACAACUUUAUAAAAAAGGUAUGCUCAUGGUAAUAGAUUAUAAUCUUUGUGAUUGUACUUUUGGGCAAGUAAUGUAUAUGUUUUCCAGUAAAUCAAAAAUUCCUUAUUUUGUAAUUAAUCGUUUGUAUACUAUUGGUUUUGACUCGCAUUAUUAUGCCUAUGAAAUUACAAAAAAUGAAAACUGUUCCGAACUUGAAGGAUUUUAUAUUAAUCAGUUACCUGAUCCUACUCCAACAAUUGCUCGUGUUUUAGGUAAUGGAAAAAUGUAUGCUACAUUAAAAUAUGCAUUAUAA